CCCCCUCGGUGCCACACUGGUGGUUCAGAGGAGAAGUGGUGACCUGAGUGAGACUACGUGUUCAGAGGAACAGCCAGACUUGAAAACACAACACUGCUGGAAUAAUGGGGGAUCUGAGGCAGACGAUUGGGGUCAUGUCGCAGACGAUAUGUCCGAGCUCGCGAGUUCCAUCUGAGGAGGACUUAAAGGCCCCAAAUGGUGGGAAAGAAGAGAAAAUUCAAAUGAAGAGGGAAAUUUCUCUCAUGAAUGGAAUCUGCCUCAUUGUGGGCAACAUGAUCGGCUCUGGGAUCUUUGUUUCACCGAAGGGUGUACUCAUGUACAGUGCCUCUUACGGACUGUCGCUGCUGAUUUGGGCUCUUGGAGGCAUCUUCUCAGUGUUUGGGGCCCUGUGCUACGCAGAGCUCGGCACCACCAUCACUAAAUCUGGAGCCAGCUACGCCUACAUCCUGGAGUCUUUUGGUGGCUUCUUGGCUUUCAUUCGUUUAUGGACGUCCAUCCUCCUCAUCGAGCCGGCCAGCCAGGCUGUGAUUUCGCUGACCUUCGCUAACUACCUGGUGGAGGCUUUCUACCCCACCUGCCAGCCACCUUACGUUGCUGUCCGCCUGAUUGCUGCAGCCUGCCUCUGUGUGCUCAUCUUCAUUAACUGUGCUUAUGUGAAGUGGGGGACUCUGGUCCAGGACAUCUUCACUUAUGCCAAGCUCAUGGCACUCUUCCUCAUCAUUAUUGUAGGAAUCCUGAAAAUAUCUGCCGGAGAAACAAAGAGCUUUGAGAAUCCGAUGGAGGGCUCCUCAGUAGACCCUGGUGCCAUCGCUUUGGCCCUCUACUCAGCUCUCUUUUCCUACUCUGGCUGGGACACGCUAAACUUUGUAACUGAGGAAAUUCGGAAUCCAGAGAGAAAUCUGCCACUAGCCAUCGCCAUUUCCAUGCCCAUAGUGACCAUCAUCUACCUACUGACCAACGUGGCGUACUACGCGGUUCUAGACAUACCUUCUCUGCUGGACAGUGACGCUGUUGCUGUGACAUUUGGAAACGCUGUCCUGGGACCGUUCAGUUGGAUCAUCCCUGUUUCGGUGGCCAUGUCCUGCUAUGGAGGACUCAAUGCUUCCAUCAUUGCUGCUUCACGGCUGUUUUUUGUUGGAGCCAGAGAGGGCCACCUCCCCAACAGUCUGAGUCUGAUCCACCUGAAGCGCUACACGCCCAUACCCGCACUGCUGUUCAACGGUUUAAUGGGCCUGAUCUUCCUGUGUGUGAGGGACGUGUUUCAGCUCAUCAACUACUUCAGCUUCAGUUACUGGCUCUAUGUGGGUCUCUCUGUGGCUGGCCUCAUCUACCUGCGAAUCACUCAGCCAGACAGACACAGGCCUGUCAAGCUGACCUUGUUCUUCCCCAUCAUCUACUGUCUGUGUAGCCUGUUCUUAGUCAUCGUCCCUCUGUACGGAGAUACCAUCAACUCUCUCAUAGGAAUUGGUAUUGCACUGUCUGGUGUGCCAGUUUAUUAUGUGGCCAUUUACCUGCCUGAGGAGAGGAGGCCCAAAUUCAUCCGCAAACUAAACACCUUCGCCACCAGAUACACCCAGAUGUUGCUGUAUUGCUGCCUGACUGAAUCUGACACAGAGGCAGGAAUGCAGGGAGGCAGUAAAACACAAUGAAGCUGCAGACAAACUCGUGAAGCCUUGUUCCUGGAAAACAAGGCUUUGCAUGUACUGAGCAAUGAGGAAGCAGACUCUCAGCAUUUGUGAGGAUUACCUGACGUCUCAAAGGAAAGAUGAAUCAUUCGAGAAAGUGAUUUCGUCAGUAAAUGUGCUACACUUUUCUACUGAGAGCAAGGAACAUCUUCUAUGAGGAUAUACAUUAAAAAAUAACAAUACACUAUGUUGCUGAAGCUAGGAUUUUAAUUUUUGAGAUGUGUGAAAAUGUAAGCGGAUCGCCUUUUGUCUGUUUAACGCAUUACAUGAAAAUGUGGCAAGAAUCAAUCUUAAUACUGUCAUGUGAUCACACUCUUCAGUUUUCAGAAGCAUGUCUAAGCUUAGUAUUUAUCUUUAUUUAACUUGAUUAUAUUCAUAUGUGGAUGACUGCGCAAGUGUAAAACACUAUAAAAAUGUCAGUUUCGGCCAAAGGGGCCGAUUCCUGAGCAGCUUCACUGUGAAGCUUUUUCAUUUAAUUUUUCUUUCAAGACGUUUGCGUAUUUGUACUGUUCACUGGGUGUAUUUAUUUGGUCUUUUUAUUUAUUUAUACCAUUGUAAUAAUACAUUCUUUAUUGUAAUGUACUUUACAACAAAAGGUUCUGCUCUGUGAGAGCGAGGCUAUUUUUGUACUAAGCCAAUACUUGCUGCGGGUUGGUGGGAAAGUCCCUCACACAUUCACUCACCGUCAGGCUGCAGCUUUGUGUGUCUUCUGUCAUCAGCUACGUGCAACACGACUGCAGAACAAACCUGCUGCUUAAAGCCGGCCCGCUGUCAGGUGCUUCACUGAUGUGUUUAAAACAAUUUAUGGCCUAUUUAUUGAAACUGGCUACCAAAUCCACUGGAGACUUUAAAGUGGAUCAGUUAAGCUCAUUUCCAGCUCCAUAUUUUUAUUCUCGGACUCAAGCAGAGCAGCUUUGACUCCUCAUGGCUUAAUAUAUUCCUCGGUAAUCUCACACCUUUCUACAGCUUCUGAUAACGAACUGUUUUAGUUUCUCUCCCUUUUAGGACAAUCUGCAUUUAAGACAGCUUUGUUCUGAUUGCCUGCCCCUCACAAACAGAAGGUUUGAACAGCAGGUGGGUGCUGACAGUCAGAGCUGUGUGUGUGCGAUGAGCAUAUUAUUGUGUUACUUCUCUCUGACAGGAUACAGAGCUGAGUGUAGAAAACCUGAGCAGUCUUCAGCCUGAGCUUUUGGCCCAUUAAGGGUUCUUUGCACAUAAGUUGAAUGGAUUAUUUAUAAUUUUGCAUGUUAAUAUAGGCAUCCACAGGAGAAUAUAUAUGAGACAGGACAUAAGUAAAAGCAUAAUAGAUCCCUUUUAAGACUUUGGCAUUUUUUAACUGUUCUGUAGU